AUGGGCAAUGGCGGCAUCAAGGCGUAUGCGGCCAUUGUUCUGAUCAGGCUGAUGUACUCCGGCAUGCACGUCAUGAGCAAGGUCGCCUUGGACCAUGGCAUGAACCCCUACGUCUUUGUGUUCUACCGCCACGGCACCGCUGCACUCGUCUUGAUCCCAGCGACUCUUAUUCUAGAGAGGCCAAAGGCUAAACUGGUGACGUUCAAAAUUGCAGCCAAAAUGUUUGUGCAUGCAUUAUAUGGAGUGACAGCAUGUGGUUUCUUAUUUAACGUUGGUCUCAAUUAUGCUUCAGCAACGUCAUCGUCAGCACUGUACAACGUUCAACCGGUGGUUACGUUCAUCCUUGCUGUUGUAUUUGGGAUGGAGUCCAUGAAACUCAAGAAGCUCCAUGGCAACGUAAAAGCUGCAGGCAUUCUGUCCUGCAUCACCGGAGUCACCGUGCUGGCCUUCUACCAGGGCCCAAUGUUCAGAUCUUUCAACCAUCACCGCCUCUUUCAGAAAGGAAGCAGCAGCAGUUCUGCUGCAGAAAACACCCACUCCCAGACGCAAUGGGUGCUUGGGAUCUUCCUCAUGACACUCUCUAAUGUCUUGGCAGGAUUAUGGACAGUGCUUUUGGGGCCAUUGAUAGAAGAAACAUCGAAGCUGAUGAACACCACGCUGCAGAUCUCGUGGGCUGCGGUCCAAGCCUUCGUUAUUGCCGUUAUAGCAGAGAGGGACUUCGCCAAGUGGAAGCUGGGCUGGAGUGUUGAGCUCCCUACAGUAAUCUACAGUGGUGUGAUCGUCACCGCAGUUUCAUACUACAUGCAGAUGUGGACGAUCACAAAGAGAGGGCCAGUGUUUCUUGCCAUGUCAAUGCCACUUACUUUUAUAUUCACAAUCAUCAUAUCCUCGUUCAUUUUAGGGGAUGCAACUAGCCUAGGGAGUAUAUUUGCUGGGAUUCUACUGAUAGGAGGCCUUUACAAUGUUCUGUGGGGGAAAAACAUCGAGGAACAGGAUGAACUGAAGAACAUAUGUGUAGCUAAACCAGGCUUGGAGCUGAAGGGCAAAGAGCCCCAGGUGCCUGAUGAUGAUGCAACAACAAAGGUGUAAGCUAAACCGAUCGAUGUGACGGAAAUUAAUUAAGAUGGUGUACUGACACUAGUGUUUUCUUUCCAGUGGUGACAUCCUAGAUAGCAGCUAGCUAAUUU